UUACUUGUAUUGUCCACUGAUAAAAAGUUCUGGAAAAGAUGUAAAUCUGAUUGUUUAUCUUCACCAAUUUAUAUAUUCAUAAAAAUAUCAUGCAUAUUGAUUGAUAGUGUCAAAUCUAUAAAUUUAUAAUAAUAAAAUCAUAUAUCAUAUAUUUUCAAAGAAAAGUAUUUUUAUCAUUUCUGUGUUGACUUUCAUCAACCGCUAUAAUCUUGAUGACGCCAUUAGUACAUUUAAAUAUAUAUAGUGAUUUUUUUCCUGGUCUAUAUAUCUAUAUCAGGGGAAAAUGGUGAAUGUAUUUAAGCAUUGUAGCAGGGAUUUGUAUAUAUUAUUUAGUGAAUUUCGCUAAACGUUUUAUGUUUAGUCGUAACUUGAUAUUGAACGUGAAUAAACAUACAAGUGAACGUAUUUAAUUUUGCCGUUAAAUAGCAAAAAUUAUUGAACUAUAAUAUUUAUUUGAUUUGACGUUUUGUUUGUAUAAACAACGUGCAAUAACUUGUGUAUUAUACAUAGUAAAAAAUGACAGUGAAUAAGGAUCUAGAAUAUGAACGAAGUAAAUGUACAUUUCAACCUAUUGAAUUAACGUAUUUCUUCGAUGGUAGUCCAGAAAAAACAUUAGAACGUCGUGAACGAGAAAAGUAUUUUUUAAGUGAUCCAGAAUUACAAAAUAAUAUACCAGUAAAAUAUAAGAGCCAUAAAGAGAUAUAUGAAGAUGCUGUACGAAAAGUAUGUAGGGUUUUAUACAAACUUAGAAAAUUGCAAGAAACAGGAAAAGCGGGUAUGGAUGAUUUUACUCAUAUUUUUGGAGCUAAACUUGGAUCUGCAAUAUUAAAAGAUGGAAAUCCAUUGGUAUUGCAUUAUGCUAUGUUUUUACCAUCUAUUAUGGGACAAGGAACUAUAAAACAACAAGAAUAUUGGAUAACUAGAUCUUGGAAUGGUGAUGUUAUAGGAACAUAUGCUCAAACUGAAUUAGGUCAUGGAACAUUUAUCAGAGGUUUAGAAACUACAGCAAUAUAUGAUUCUAAAACAAAAGAAUUUAUUUUGAAUAGUCCUACUUUGACAUCUUAUAAAUGGUGGCCAGGAGGAUUGGGACAUACUGCAAAUCAUGCGAUAGUUGUUGCACAAUUAUACACACAAGGAGAAUGUAAAGGUAUUCAUCCCUUCAUUGUACAAUUAAGAGAUGUGAAUACACAUCAACCCUUACCAGGUAUUAAAAUUGGAGAAAUUGGUACAAAAUUGGGAAUGAAUGGUACCAAUAAUGGUUUUCUUGGAUUCGAAAAUUUCAGAAUACCACGAGAGAAUAUGUUGAUGAAGAAUUCUAAGGUUUUAGAAGAUGGAACAUAUGUAAAAGCAUUGAAUGAUAAAUUAACAUAUGGUACAAUGGUAUUCGUUCGAGUAGUGUUGGUAUAUGAUAUCGUAACUUAUUUAUCAAAAGCUGUUACUAUUUCAACUCGAUAUAGUGCAGUGAGACGUCAGGGUCAAAUAAAUUCAGAAAAACCUGAGGUACAAAUCCUUGAUUAUGUAACACAACAAUACAAAAUUUUUCCUCAUCUUGCUACAUGUUUUGCAUUUAAAAUAACUGCUAAUUGGAUAUGGGACAUGUACAAUAUUAUCAAUGUUGAAAUGGAUCAUGGAGAAUUGGAUAGAUUACCAGAGUUACAUGCUUUGUCAUGUUGCUUAAAAGCAGUUGCAUCUGCAGAUGCAGCAACUGGAGUAGAACAAGUUCGAUUAUCUUGUGGUGGACAUGGAUAUAUGGAUGCUAGUAAUCUUCCAGCAACUUAUGGUUUAGUGACAGCUAUCUGUACCUAUGAAGGAGAAAAUACGGUCUUACUUUUACAAACAGCUAGAUACUUAGUAAAAGUAUGGAAACAAGCUGUUAAUGGUCAAAAAUUACCAGUCACUGUACAAUAUCUUUCAAAUGCAGCAAAAAAAGUACAACAACGUCCUUGGAGCAAUAAUUUGGAUUAUUUUGCUGAAGCAUAUUAUACGGUAGCGGCAGGAAUUAUACGUAUAGCAACAGAAAAUAUGGAUCGUAGAAUACAUAAUGGCAUUUCUGCAGAAGAUGCCUGGAAUCAAACUAGUAUCGAAUUAGCUUAUUGUGCAGAGGCACAUUGUCGAGCUUUUAUUGUAAAAACAUUCAUUGAAGGUGUUAAAGAAAUAAAUUCGAUUAGUGAUCAAUUAAAACAAGUAUUAUUUCAACUUUGUGAAUUGUAUGUCAUAUAUUGGGUAUUACAAAAACGUGGUGAUUUUCUUCAAUUUUGUUCUAUGAAGCAAAAUGAUGUUCAGAUACUUCAAUCACGUUUAGAAGAAUUAUUGAUGGCAAUCCGUCCAAAUGCUGUGGGUAUCGUUGAUGGUUUUGAUAUCUGUGAUGAAAUUCUUAAUUCAGCUUUAGGCGCUUAUGAUGGUAAUGUUUAUGAACGAUUAUACGCUGAAGCUAUGAAGAGUCCUCUAAAUCAUAAAAGCGUGAACGAAUCUUUUGAAAAAUAUUUGAAACCAUUUCUUAAAAGCAAUUUGUAAAAUGCUUUUUUUUUUAUAUUUUAAUUUAAAAAAUAAUUUAAGAAUUAUAAUUAUUAUUUUAUAUUUUAUAUAUGAAAAAUUUAACUCCUCCAAGUCUUUUGUAAUUAGCUUCUAUUAAUUAGCUAAUUAGCUAAUUAGCUAAUUAUUAUAAUAUAUAUACAAGAUUUCUUUCUAUUGAAAAAUAUUCUUAUAUAUUAUAAGACAGAAAAAAGAAAUCAUCAUUGUAAUGUUAAUAUCGAUUUCUAACAUAUAAUAAUUGUAAUAUAUGUGCAAUGUUGAAGAUAAUUUUAUAAACAUUUAAUUUUUGUUGAAUAUUUAACGUUAAAAAAAAAUAUUUUUUACAAAUAUCUUAUAUAUAUCUUUAUAAUAAUAUUUCAUAGAGAUUUUAUUUUUACAAAAAAUUUUUUAGGAAUGUAAGAUUAUUUAGGAAUGUAUAGAUUAUUCAAUAAAAUGUUUUAGAUAUAUGUUAUAAAAAGAAUGAUAUUUUCUAUACAAUUUUUACAAUUAAUAAAAUUAUAUUGAAAUAUAAAUUGCCUACUUUUUGGACCUGUAAAUGCUUAAAAAAAAUUAUAUUUUAAAAUUAGAUUUUUUCAUACGGCAAAGUGUUUAUUUACAGAAUAGGAGCGAUGACAUACAAUAUUAUUCAUUAUAUUAACAUAGUGCAAUUAUUGUUAAUUUCUGUUAAUAACGUGUUAUUAACAUAAACGCCCGCAAUAGAAAUAAUAUUGUUCAAAAUUAAAAUGGAAUUUGUAAGAUUCAAUGAUAUCGUUUUGGUAUUAUGAUAUUAAUUUUCAAUUAAUUCAUAUAUUAUAAUAUGUCCAAUAAGUCGAGUCAAUAUACGCAAAUGUACACGAUGAUUCAUUUACAUAGAAUUCAAAUAUAAAAUCGAAAAUUAUUUUUCUAUACAUUAAUCUAAUUAUAUCUUAGAACUAUUAAUAUAAUCAAUAUAAACGUAAUUAACGCAAUAAAUAUUACAAAACAUAUUUUGAAUAAUUUAAUCUGGCACAAAUUUGACACUAAAUAGCAUGUUUAUUAGAUAAUUAAUAAUAAUUCUCAACUAUUUUAUACUCAAAUAUUUUGUUUAUCUGUAUUGAUUCGCUCAUUGGACGUUUAUUAUAAAUUUUAGGAACUUUGAAAUCGUUAUAUUAAUACAGACCAAAAAUAUAAAGCAGUAUAAAAAAAGAAUCAUAAUUUAGUCUUUUUUAUCAAUGGGCGAUAUCUUUUUUAUACAAAUACAUAUAUGUGUAUAUAUUUGUACAUAUAUGUAUAUAUGUAUAUAUAUAUAUAUGGAUUGACCAUGAAUAUAUAAUAUAUAGUACAUAUACAUAUAUACAUAUAUAUACAUAUAUAUAUAUAAUAUGUAUCAUGUAAAAUUUGAGGGCAAUUCAAAAGAGGAGGAGCGGAGGAUACACAAUACUUAUUCUUAAAAAAUAAUAUUGUUAAUUAUAUUGUUAUCAUUAUUAAUUAUAUUCAUAAUUUUAAAAUUAUUUGUCCACUUGGCCUAUGGGUUUAUGUCUAAUAUUAGACAAAUUUCUCACUACUAUAGCAUUUUUAAGGAAUACAUCCUCUUAUAAAAUAAGAUUUUAUUACAAUUAGUAUUUGUUUCUUGUCGCAUGGAAUAGCGCAUUUCGAGUAUUAAAUGAGCCACGUGAAAAUGCAACGCAUAUUUUUUACUUUCUUUACCUUUGUUAUCUAGUAUUUUUGUCUUAAAUGCAAGUUUCUGUAACAAAUUUUCUUUCCAUUCACGAACAAUAUUUUUUUUUUAAAUUAUUUUCUCGUGCAAUAUUAGUAAAUGAUCAAGCAAUUAUAACAAAUAUUUAAUAUAUUAUUUUUAUUUAAAUAAAUUAUAUUUAAUUAAAAAAUAUUAGUUCGUGAAAGAAAGAAAUUAUUUAAAUUUUCAUUCAUAAAAAAAAUUUUAUAUUUCUCCGCAUUACCACCCGAAAAAUUAAUUGCUAUCUAAGAAACAAUCUUUUGUCUAUAUUGCAUACGAUUAUUAUUAUAAUAAAGAUUAUGAUUCGAUUUCCAGAUUUCUUUUUUCUUUUAUUAGUGCAAGGAAAGAAGAAGAAAUUUUCAUAAAGGAAAGUUCAAGAAAGAAGAAAGAUGAUAUAAGGGAAGAAAGGAUUUUUUGGAAAGGUGAAAAAACGGAGAAUUUAAAAAUAUAUAAAACCGAUUCAAGAUGAAAAAUACAUCUUGAUAGUACUUUUUAUUUAGCUUGAAUCGGAGUAUGAUAUCUAUAUUGAUAUAACAAGAAUAAACUUCCUUUCCAACGAUUUUCGAGUUAAAGGCAAAGCAUAAAAUGUAUGUAUGUAUUCUAGAGUGUAGAAUAGAAUCUACACUAUUGAUUUUAGGUACUGUGUAAUAUUCCAUUAAUCUUAGGAGAAAUAGAAAAGAGAAUUAAUUUCCAUUCUAUUUAUUGCAAGUAACUUACCCUAAACACAAUAAUUUUUUCGACACAUUAUGUAUCGUAACUUUUUAGACAGCUUGAUUUUUUUUACUUAGAUAUCAAUAUUUAUUUGUGAUUUUUUGCUUCUCACUCUGUACAUCAAAUAAUUGCUUAUUUAAAUAGUUUCUCUUCCAAGUCAAUUCUAUCAAUACAUUUAUUUUUACUAUUUCUUACAGUAUCAUAGAAACGCAUCUAGAUACUUUGUUAUAAAUAAAGCUUCCAGCCAUUUUAUAAAUCGAUAAGAUCGAUUUAGAAACAACAAGUGCCAUUAUUGAAAUGCACUGAUUGAUAGAAAUGUUAUUUAUCUUGUUUUAGAAAAAACGACGCCUGAAAAUAUUUAAACCGAUAUUGCCAUAAGCAGUUUUCUUGAAUUACAACAAAUAUGUAUAAUGUUCGUUUAUAUUUUUUUUUACAAGUUAAUAUAAUUGAAAGAAAAUUGUCUUAUGCAACAUCGAUUGUGAUACGUCGAUUAAUUUAAACGCUUUGCCCGUAACGUUCAAUGAUCGUUUAAGUAAAAUAAAAUAAAGAUAAAUUAUGUUAAUUAUAUUUUAAAAAAAACUGGGGAAAAAGUGUUAAUAGCGUUAAUAAAAAAGCACUUAAAUCAAACGAAAAAAGAAUAUUAUGACAGUUCUUCUAGGCAAUUGGUGUUUCUUAUAUAUUUAAAUACAUGGCAGUAUCGACAUGAUAUAUUUUAGUUUACCCCGAUACAUCGGACUUUAUAAAAAUGGCGCUCGUGUUCCUCCUACACAGGUAGAACACAGAUUUAUGAUGAUCUUAUUGUUUAAAUAAAAUUGUACAUUAAAAAAUAGGAUCCUAAUAAUUUUAUUUAUUUACACGAGAAAAUAGAAAUUUAUCCGUCCAUUGUUUUUAUUAUAAACAAUAAUAUUUCGUGUUAAUUCUGUUUAUAUUUUAAAUGAUGUUGCUUUAUUAUAUAUAUUGGUCGAUUCAGGCGAUAAUAAAUGCAACAAUUCGUAUACAUAAAAUUCAUAUUAUUAUUGCACAGGAUAUAAUGAUAAUAUAAUAUUAUAUAUAAGAUAUUAUAAAAAGUAUAACAUCGUAUAUAUAAGAUUAUUUAUGAAAUGUAAAUUAUUCAAUAUUCACAUUUAUUCUUCAGUAACGUUAAAUAAUAUUGUUAUCUAAAAGGACAUUAAAAGAUAGUACUAUAUACUACGGAUCGUAUUGAAAUUGAGGGAACAUGAUAGAAUAACAUAUUCAUGGCGGGAUUAAAAAUUGAAUUCAUGUUUGUUAUGUUGUUAAUAAUAAUAAAUUUGACAUAGUCUGUCUAUAUUUACUAAAAUCGGAACGAAAACUGUUUUGCGUAGAAAAAUGAACAAUAUUAUAAUAAUAAUAAUAAUAAUAAUAAUAAUAAUAAAGAUUUAAACAUUACAAUGAUAUUGAUUAAUUAUACUCGAUCAGUAGCAUAAUCAAAUGUACUUUUCCCAAAUAAUUGAUAAUUUUUUAACAAAUCAUGUAUAAGAAAUCAUUUUUAUUGUUAUAGUUUGACAAUUAAAAUAUUAAUUACGUUCUACCUGGAAAGAGGCGAACGAGACGCCGAAAAUAUCUCAAAUAAUUGAGGAGAGGAAAACGAUCCACAGGAUCACCUGAAGAUUAAUGGAAAAUUAAAAGAAAGGAUAUAGGACAGAUAGAAGAGGAAAUAGAAGAAAAGGGAAUCGCUUGGUCCUACGUGGAAAAGUUAAUAAAUUAUUACAACGUAUUUCGCGCGAUACUGAUCGACCGUAAGAUAAAUACCGCGGAUUAAAAUCUUAGAACAAAUAGAUAUACACUUGAAUGUGUGUCUGUGUAUGCAUUUUUUAUAUUAUCUUCUUUUUCAUUAAUUUUUUAAUAUGGCAUACGCAUAUCUCUUAUAGUCAGAGAUGAAAGUCGUCUGUAUAUAAAUUUAUAUACGCACGUAUGUUUCUUUUAAGAUCGGAAGGAGUAAUGUCCUUGCGUAUACGCAGGAUAUUGUUUUAUCCAUGGCAAAUAGAAUCUCUCUCGACCAGCUUUUCUCUUUAAGAUACAAAAUGUUUCUUAGCUUUCUUACGGUGGAAGAAGGAAACAACGAGGAUACGUUAUGCUCUAUUCUUUUUUUUUU